GCUUCUCCUGUCCCAUUACGAUUAUUACCUCCAUCGCCAUCACUUCCUCCCUCUCUUUCCAGCUAUAUUUCUGCAACGCCCAUUUCAGCUUUUUUCCGUCUUCUCAUGUCUACUUUCACCAAUUAAAUGAAUCUAAUGAUACUAACUCGUGCUCAUCGACUGAGCCAUCGGUUGUAAUUUGUAAAUGCUGCUUGAAAUCAGGAGCAUUAAGGUUAGGUUUUCGAAUCAAUCUUCAAUUUCGCAGAAAUGGAGCUCCGGUUGCUGUCGAUCUCUUACAGCUUCUUGUUGAUUCUUACCUUGGGGAAGUGUUCGCGCCACUUCGAUUCGGAUAAAAUUGCUGAAUUGCCAGGGCAGCCGGCGAAUGUCGGAUUCCGGCAGUACUCCGGCUAUGUAACGGUGAAUCGCCGGGCAGGCAGGGCACUGUUCUACUGGCUAACUGAAGCUCCGGCAGAAAGAGGACCUGAGUUACGGCCACUGGUUUUGUGGCUCAAUGGCGGCCCUGGUUGCUCCUCUGUGGCUUAUGGAGCUGCUGAAGAAAUCGGGCCUUUUAGGAUUAAUUCUGAUGGGAGGGGACUUUAUUUGAAUCCUUAUUCUUGGAACAAAUUGGCAAAUUUGCUGUUCUUGGAGUCGCCUGCUGGUGUUGGUUUUUCGUAUUCGAAUACUUCGUCGGAUUUGCGGACUGCCGGCGACAGUAGGACAGCCGAAGAUUCAUAUGCAUUUCUGGUGAAUUGGUUCGAGAGAUUUCCUCAGUACAAACACAGGGAUUUUUACAUUGUUGGAGAAAGUUAUGCAGGUCAUUAUGUUCCUCAGUUAGCUCAGCUAGUUUAUCAAAGAAACAAAGGGAUUAAAAAUCCGGUUAUUAAUUUGAAGGGAUUCAUGGUGGGAAAUGCCGUCACUGAUGAUUACCAUGAUUAUGUCGGUACCUUCGAGUAUUGGUGGGCUCAUGGUUUGAUUUCAGAUUCGACUUACAAAACAUUGAAAACCACAUGCUAUUUUGACUCCUCUACACAUCCCUCGAGUGCUUGCAAUCGAUCUCUUGAUCUUGCUGAUAAGGAGAUGGGGAACAUCGACCCGUAUAGCAUCUACACCCCACCCUGCAAUAGCUCUUCUUCGCUUAGGCGCUCGCUAAGGGGUCACUAUCCAUGGAUGUCGAGAGCAUAUGACCCGUGCACCGAGCGAUAUUCCAGCAUAUACUUCAAUCUUCCGGAAGUUCAGAAAGCGCUACACGCCAACGUCACGGGGAUUUCCUAUCCAUGGACGACAUGCAGCGAUUUGGUUGGCGGCGACUACUGGGGAGAUGCUCCUCGAUCGAUGCUUCCGAUUGAUCAAGAACUAAUUGCUGCAGGCCUUAGAAUUUGGGUAUUUAGCGGAGAUACUGAUUCUGUGGUACCUGUCACGGCGACACGGCAUUCAAUCGAUGCCUUGAAGCUCCCGACAUUGAAAAAAUGGUACCCUUGGUACGACAAUGGGCGGGUCGCCGGAUGGAGCCAAGUUUACGAAGGAUUGACACUCGUGACGGUUAGAGGUGCCGGGCACGAGGUGCCUCUACAUCGACCGAGACAAGCGCUCAUUCUUUUCCGGUCAUUUUUGGACAAUGUCACCAUGCCUCCUAAAUCGUCAAGAAUCGGUGAAUUAGAAAUGUGACAGACAAAUUAAGUUAUUCUUAUUAUUUUUCUAAAAGAAAUUGAAAAUAAAAUUAGUAGCAAGGAGUCGAACACAUCGAUUCAGUGUGGUGAAGUGUGGCUUUUGGUUAAUACAUUCGUAUAUUUUAGUCCGUCCCAUAACAAAGUAUAUAUUUUCUUUGUUAGUAA